AUUGGCAUUGCUAAAUCAGGCUCUCCAAUCGAUUUGGUACUAAAUGAACAAUCUAAACGUAAAACUUCAAAUAUUAUCGGUUUUAGAGAUGAAGAUAGAUAUGUAGGAGAGGCUGCAUAUACUAUGGUAGCCCGUUUCCCUGAAAAAAUGUUACGUUUCAUGAAUUUCCUAUUGGGAAAGAAUUAUAAUUUGGAAAUGAAUGAAACUUUAACACGCUAUAAUGAAUUGAAAGUACCAGUAUCACUCGUUAAGAAUGAAGAAAGAGGAACAAUUGAUGUCAAAUUUUCUAAUAGUGUUUCUUAUAGUCCAGAGGAACUUUUAUCAAUGAUUCUUCUCUACAUUAAACAAUUAGCGGAUGAUAUCAGCAAAGGUUCUCCAGUUGUUGACACUGUAAUUUCUAUUCCACAUUUCUUUACAAUUUCACAAAGACAAGCCAUUUUAGACGCAGCAUCUAUUGCCAACGUUAAGGUAUUGGCUUUGAUUCAUGAUCAUGCUGCCACUGCUUUACAAUAUGGUAUU